UUCCGAAAAUUGUGACUUUUAAUUACUUGUAACUUCUAAGCGCAUUGACCAACUUCGAUGAAAUAACACACUUAAAUUUACAAAUGUCAUAUUUUAAAUUUUACAUACACUUACGUGUCUUGGACUUCAGGCUCUGUUUUAUUUUUAAUCUAACCAAUUGAAACAAAACGCAGUUUGAUAAUGAAGAAAAUCUGAAUGAAAAUCUAAAUUAUCGAUACCUAUCCUAUUAGAAGUUAUUAGAAAAUGAGUGAAAGAAACUUCGUUUGUCUGUUUGUUUACGUUUACGUUUAUCAGAACGACGUGGCGCUUCGAUAGGGUAACCUAUUAAAUAAAAAAUUAAAAGUAAAAGAUAAAAAUUGUUUAUCGAUCGCUUAAAUAUAUAAAAAGAUGACUGUAGAUACUUCAUCGAAAACCCAAGCUACAUUUUAUCCAGCCUCGUUAAUGCCACCCUUCAUGGGCGCUCAUCCUCCAACCAAGUUAGAUACCAUUUCGUACGAUGGGAUGAGUAUCAAUUAUUUUCAAAAGUAUAGGACUGAAACAUUGUCAAAAUUCUCGAUACCACGAUAUCAAUGGGGAAUGCAAGAGCCAUCGUACGGUGCGCAACCUGAAAUCAUCGCGACCACAAAGCGUCGAAACAUUAAUCGUGAUUUAAUGCUACCCUCGAACGACAUCUCCACUAUCGACGUAAUUCGCAUGAAGGAAGUCGAUGACUUGUAUAAGGGAAUACAAAUUCAUCGCAGUCAAUAUAAAGAUCGCACUGGAACCUUCCAUCCCUUAACGUACUUUAAACCCGAUUAUUACAAGUAUCAAUGUGCACCAGGAAUGACAACGUCGUAUAUCACGAAAUAUCCUGAAAAUUAUAUCUCCUAUAAGACACCUAUAGUGCUGCCCCUUACGUAUGGCAGACGGAAAGAAAUACCUAACACGACGGAUUUAUCUCUUUCUGGCAUUUACAAUAAGACGAGUUGUAUCGCUUAUAAACGAUAGCUCGAAGAGGGUACUGGAAGCUGAAACUUUGAAUAUUUUCUGCUUAGAUAAAAAUGGUGCAAAAUUGUUCGUUGGUAAAUUUGAAAAAGAACGAAAAGAUUUAGUGGACUUGCUCUCAAUCAACGCCACGUACGUUUAAAAUCAAUCUUUAUCAAUCUGACAGAUUGAUAGAGACCUGCGGUCGUUUUAAGAGACACCAAGAUUUAUUCGGAAAGUAAAAAAUAUAAAACUGAUUUAGUCGAUUAGCCGAGGAUUAAAAACCGAGGAAAUUUCUUUCGAGUAAUCGAUAUUGGAAGAAUAAUUUUCAGAAUUCAGAACAAUAAUAAUAAAUGACAUUAAAAUAC